AAAGCGGAAUCGACAGCACUGCCCCAAACCAAACAACUUUUCGCUCUGUUCUGUGUGAUAAAGCUCCCAAAUGUAUGGGGGUGUGUGUGUGGUGUAUGGAAGUGGAAUGCAGUAAUCAACAAUAAAUGUCAGUGGGCGCAAAGGAGUGCAAAAAGUGUGUCAAUUUAGCUGUAAAACACUUCCUUGGGGCCGUGGACAUAGCAACCGCUGCCUUCGCUGCUUCUUUGUCGAAGGAAAUUACGAAACCGCACAUUGAUUUUCACUGUCAAAUGGCAUAGAGAGCAUAGAGAGACGUUAAACCAUAAAAUGUUGACCCUGUAUUACGUGAGUGCCACCGUCCUGCAAUCCUGGCGCAUCCAAAAGGUUUGCAACAAAAUCGCCGAGCAUCUGGCACAGCCCUCGAGCAUUGCUUUUUAUGCCCUGCCAGCGGGCAGCGAUGAUGGCUUUGAUCCCUCAUUCGCCAGCUCCGAGUUGUGCGGCAAUCGUAAUGCGGCCAAGGUCACGGACAUUUUGUGGUUGCAUGGAAACCAGCAUGGCUGCUGCCUGCGACCACUGCAGACGCUCCAUAUCACGCCGUGGAUAAGCUUUCCGGCGGCUCCGGGCCUGCUGCCGUUUGCCUAUGCCGCCGACAUCUUAACGCCGGCGACCACGCCAACGGAGCCAUCGCUCGCGCCUCCCAAACAGCGAGUGACACUCUCAACGGACAAGGAGCAGCUGAUGCAGCUGCUUUUGGAGGCACAGGUGGAGCCGGGGCAAAAGGAGAGCGCCCUGCACACCAUAGCGGUGCGGUUGGAAGAUUAUGCUGUUUUGCGGUCCGGCGAUCCACAGCCAUUUGAGCUGUUGGCUAAGCAUCUGAAGCGGCAGUCCCGCACCACCGCUGACCUGGACAAGGAAGGCUGGAAGAAGCACUUGGAGGAUUUGCGUGCUGUCAGUGUGCUGGCCCAUCAGGCCACUGAGUUUGAGCACCAAAAGAAUCGCACCGAGGGCAAGACGGGGGUUAUAAAACCAGAUCUUCUUGCCCAGACACUAGAGCACACCGUCGUGGCCAAGGCCGUGGCUGUGGUGGAACCCACGCCCAAUAAAGCAGCGGCCUUGUCCCCGGCCAGGGGCACUUCGAGUCCCGCCAAGAGUGAGGCCGCUCUGUCAUCAUUUGCCAAGAGCGAGACAAAGAUCACUCCAAUUAAAAUCGAUUCAAAACUAUCUUCAGCCAAAAACGAAGCCCAGUCAACUCCCGAUAAAAGCGAGGACAAGUCCACGCCAGCUAAAAGCGAGAAUAAAUCCACGCCAGCCAAAAGCGAAGCCAAAGCAACACCAACCAAAAGUGAAGCCUCGCAAGCAGCUAACCCCCAAAGCGAGCUGGAGAAACUGGCCGCUGCACAGGCAGCCCAGAUUCAGAGGACAUCCGUCGAUGGGACUCCGGCUAAAGCUCCGACUAAAGCUCCGGCUUCGAGGACUCCCAGCAAACUGGUUGAGGCUGUAAAGCCAUCAUCCAUUACGGUUGAGGCCGCUCAGCCAUCCAUUAUUGUGGAGGCCGUGAAGCCAGCGAAGACCUUUGAGGUGGUGGCUCCCAUUUCACCGCCAGCUACCACUCCUGCUGCACGUCCCGUGCUGCGGCGCAAUAAGAAUAGCCUGCAGGAGAGCAAGCCUCUGAAUGUAUUGGUCUACUCGGACAGCGCCAGUGCCAGGGACUCCACGCUGGCCACGCUGCAGCAGCUGCUCGAGCGGAAUGUGUACACCAUUUAUCCGCUGAUGCCGCAGCAGGCAGCCCAAAAGCAUUGGACAGAACAGACAGCGCUGCUGGUGGUGUGCGGCUCGGUUUCGCCCGCGAUUGGACAGAUACUCGUGGAUUACUUUCUGCAUGGCGGCAAGGUGCUAAGCCUCUGCUCGGAUAUACUACACUUUAUUCUGCCCAACUAUCGCACAGCGGAGGUUCGUGAGCACGAAUUGGUACAGUUCUCCUAUGACAAAUGGCAGCGGGUCAAGAUGAUGCACCACAUCUUCUGCUAUCAGCCAUCGCCAGUGAAGAAGCACUUUUCCACAGACAGCGAGGAGUCGGCCAAGUCGCAUUCCCGUAGACCAGCUCUAGUAUGUCCAAGGUCCAUGGAACUGAAAGAUCUGGCCGGCCAUAGCCACAAAUUGGAUGUUCAAGUGCUGGGCACUGAGGAGACCUGGAACACGCCCAGUCUAUUGCUGGCCAAUAGCCUGAAGAGCGGAGGCAAGGCCGUCUUCUCGCAGAUUCAUUUGGAGACAAAUCCCAGUGAGUUUGAAGGGGAUGAGAUCAAAUACUCCAUCUUAAAGCAAUACGAACGCACUCGUCUGGAGAUCUUUGCGGAUCUCUUGAGUAAAUACUUGGAUGUGCAGGUCGUUAAGGCAGAUGAAGGCGUAGGUGUAGGCCAGUCACAGCCAGGAGUGGUAUACAAGCAGGCCUAUUUCCUGGGACGCCAUGAGUCCAAAUUUGAACUUCUCGAUAAGUUGCUCCUGCGCUGCAGUGGCCCCGAUAAUGUCAUAGCCACGCCCAAUUUGACUAUGAAAUUCUGUGGCAAGGAUGAUAAGCCGCCUGUGGCCAACAACAAUGUCCUGCCUAUACUCAUACAUUCCUGUCCAGACGAUUUCUCCACCGUUGCUUACUUUGAUCAUUUGCAAACGGAGGACAUUGGUCGUCUGGUCAUCUAUGCGCCUGUCGUUAGCAGUUCCAUGCAUGUGAUCAAUAAUCUGGAGCUCAUCAACGGCUUGGCCGUGCUGCCCAUUGAGCAGACUGCCGGCGUUGGUCGCAGCAACAAUCAGUGGCUUAGUCCUCUGGGUUGUGCCAUGUUCUCCCUGCAACUCCAUAUAGCCAUGGAUUCGCCACUGGGAUCUCGUUUGCCUCUGAUCCAGCACCUGAUUGGAACUGCCAUUGUUAAUACCUUAAGGGGUCAUCCAAUAUACGGGGUACUCGACAUAUCUCUUAAAUGGCCAAACGAUAUCUAUGCACAUGGAAAUAUUAAAAUUGGUGGACUGGUCGUCAAUACCACUUUGUUGGGCUCCCAGGCAAUUGUUAAUAUCGGCAGCGGAAUCAAUUUAAACAAUUCAAAGCCCACCCUUUGCAUUAACGAUAUGAUACGGGAGCAUAAUAAUAAUGCGGCGGCCCUUAAUAAACUACCUUUGCUUAAAUAUGAGCAAUUUAUAGCCAUGAUAUUUAAUGAAAUCGAAAGACUCUUAGCUGAAGUACAGAAUGGAGAUUUUAAAAGUUUUUAUGCCUUAUACUACUCCAUAUGGCUUCAUAGCGGACAAACUGUUAAGAUUUGCCUGCAGAACGAACAGGAAAAAGAUGCGGAAAUAAUAGGAAUCGACGACUUUGGCUUCUUGAAGGUGAGACUACCCACUGGUACCAUCGAAACUGUACAACCGGAUGGAAAUAGCUUUGAUAUGCUGAAAGGAUUGAUAUUACCCAAGUACCACUAGUUAUACGAAUGGAAGAAGAAUGGAAUUCUCAUAUAAUGCGAACUUACUUAUUCCUCGUACCCCUCCCACAUACCAUAUAUACUCGAGCUAUUAACAAUUUGUAUUUUUAGGCGCAUUUAGGUCAAUUUAUUCAGAUUUAGUACUACUAUUUACAAAGUGUUUCUCCUAAAGUGACUUAACCGAAUUUGUCCAAACUAAAACUUUGAUGAUAUAUUUCAAAAACAUAUAUGAAUUGUUCCAUUACUUUGAACACUGCCAAAGAUAAAUGUGUUGCUAGAAAGUUUCGACUAAUUGGUGUUGUAUUCAAAAUAUACACAGGUUUGCUAUAUAUCCAAAUGUAUUUGAAAAAUAUCUAUGUAUGUAUAAAUAACCCCAUUUAACGCCAUUGUUAGUUGUCAUGGAAUUUUGAAAAAUGAAUUUAAUAAAACCUCAUCGCAGUGGAAGGUUCCGCUGUUUGUUCCAAACCAAACAAGAGA